AUGACUGGCCGAGCCCGAGCCCGGGCCCGCGGCAGAGCCCGAGGUCAGGAGACGGUGCAGCAUGUUGGGGCUGUUGCGAGCCAGCAGCCUGGGUACAUCCCGCCGAGACCUCAGCAGUCCCCUACAGAGGGGGACUUGGUUGGCCGAGGACGACAGAGGGGAAUGGUAGUUGGAGCCACGUCCAAGUCACAAGAACUGCAGAUCUCGGCUGGGUUCCAGGAGCUGUCACUGGCAGAGAGAGGAGGGCGUCGCCGAGACUUUCAUGACCUUGGUGUGAACACCAGACAGAACCUUGACCAUGUCAAAGAGUCAAAGACAGGCUCCUCUGGCAUCAUUGUGAAGCUGAGUACCAACCACUUCCGGCUGACCUCGCGCCCGCAGUGGGCCCUGUAUCAGUACCACAUCGACUACAAUCCCCUGAUGGAGGCCCGCAGGCUACGCUCUGCCCUGCUCUUCCAGCACGAAGACCUCAUCGGAAGGUGUCAUGCUUUCGAUGGGACGAUAUUGUUUUUGCCUAAGAGACUACAGCACAAGGUCACGGAAGUAUUCAGUCAGACUCGGAAUGGGGAGCACGUGAGGAUCACCAUCACCCUGACCAAUGAGCUGCCGCCCACCUCGCCCACCUGCCUGCAGUUCUACAACAUCAUCUUCAGGAGGCUCUUGAAAAUCAUGAAUUUGCAACAGAUCGGACGGAAUUAUUACAACCCAAGUGACCCGAUUGAUAUUCCAAAUCACAGGUUGGUGAUCUGGCCGGGCUUCACCACGUCCAUCCUUCAGUAUGAGAACAACAUCAUGCUCUGCACAGACGUCAGCCACAAGGUCCUCCGCAGCGAGACCGUCCUAGACUUCAUGUUCAAUCUGUACCAGCAGACGGAGGAGCACAAGUUCCAGGAGCAAGUGUCAAAGGAGCUCAUAGGCCUCAUCGUGCUCACCAAGUACAACAACAAGACCUACAGAGUAGAUGACAUUGACUGGGACCAGAAUCCAAAGAGCACCUUCAAGAAGGCCGACGGCUCGGAGGUCAGCUUCCUGGAGUACUACAGGAAGCAAUACAACCAGGAGAUCACGGACUUGAAGCAGCCAGUGCUGGUGAGCCAGCCCAAGCGGAGGAGAGGCCCUGGCGGCACCCUGCCUGGCCCAGCCAUGCUCAUCCCUGAACUCUGCUACCUCACAGGCCUGACGGAUAAAAUGCGCAACGAUUUCAACGUGAUGAAGGACCUGGCGGUGCACACGCGCCUGACCCCCGAGCAGCGGCAGCGGGAGGUGGGCCGCCUCAUCGACUACAUUCACAAGGAUGACAACGUGCAGAGAGAGCUUCGAGACUGGGGCCUGAGUUUCGACUCGAACUUGCUGUCCUUCUCAGGAAGAAUCUUACAAUCCGAGAAGAUCCACCAGGGUGGAAAGACGUUUGAUUACAACCCACAAUUUGCAGACUGGUCCAAAGAAACGCGAGGCGCGCCGCUGAUCAGCGUGAAGCCGUUGGAUAAUUGGCUGCUGAUCUAUACCCGCAGGAAUUACGAAGCAGCCAACUCACUGAUACAGAACCUGUUCAAAGUGACUCCGGCCAUGGGCAUCCAGAUGAAAAAGGCUAUCAUGAUCGAGGUGGACGACAGAACGGAAGCUUAUCUGAGAGCCUUGCAGCAGAAGGUGACAUCAGACACUCAGAUAGUGGUCUGUCUCUUGUCAAGUAAUCGGAAGGACAAAUACGAUGCCAUCAAGAAGUACUUGUGUACAGACUGCCCUACCCCAAGUCAGUGUGUGGUGGCCCGGACCCUGGGCAAGCAGCAGACAGUCAUGGCCAUCGCCACCAAGAUUGCCCUGCAGAUGAACUGCAAGAUGGGAGGCGAGCUCUGGAGAGUGGACAUGCCUCUGAAACUGGCAAUGAUCGUGGGCAUCGACUGUUACCAUGACACCACAGCGGGGCGGAGGUCCAUCGCAGGAUUCGUCGCCAGCAUCAAUGAAGGGAUGACCCGCUGGUUCUCCCGCUGCGUCUUUCAGGACCGUGGACAGGAGCUGGUGGAUGGUCUCAAGGUGUGCUUGCAAGCUGCUCUGAGGGCUUGGAGUGGCUGCAACGAAUACAUGCCCAGCCGCGUCAUUGUGUACCGUGACGGGGUAGGGGACGGGCAGCUGAAGACCCUGGUCAAUUAUGAGGUCCCACAGUUUCUAGAUUGCCUCAAGUCGGUCGGUAGAGGUUACAACCCAAGACUGACUGUGAUUGUGGUGAAGAAGCGGGUCAAUGCCAGGUUUUUUGCUCAAUCUGGGGGAAGACUUCAGAACCCUCUGCCAGGGACAGUCAUCGAUGUGGAAGUCACCAGACCCGAGUGGUAUGACUUUUUCAUCGUGAGCCAGGCAGUGAGAAGCGGGAGUGUGUCCCCAACACACUACAAUGUCAUCUACGACAGCAGUGGCCUGAAGCCUGACCAUAUCCAGAGACUGACCUACAAGCUCUGCCACGUGUACUACAAUUGGCCCGGAGUCAUCCGAGUCCCUGCACCUUGCCAGUAUGCGCACAAGCUGGCCUUCCUUGUGGGUCAGAGCAUCCAUAGAGAGCCGAACCUGUCUCUGUCCAACCGCCUCUACUACCUCUAA